CAAAAAUGAAUACAUAACUGUUUAUCUUAAUUUAGUGUAUUUUUUGGACAGUUUUUAUUGUAUUAAGUACUUGUAUUUUCAAGCCUGCUUAAAAAUGCCUCGAGGGAAAGGUUUAAUCUGAACAGAUUUACAGGUCUGUAGGGAUGGCAGAUGACAGCUGGGCUGGUGUGCGGUGGGGCAGAAGACGGGAAGAGAAGAGCAUGCUGCUGCUCUUUUGGAUUUUCACAGAAUUCCCUCCAUCCCUCCUUCAGCAUCCUCUCCCUCUCUCUCUGCCAGUCCACAUGUCAGUAGUCCCUCUUCCUUGGCAGUUCCUCCCUCUGUCCCAGGCAGAGCUGGGCCCACUUUUCUCCAAUUCAACCCCUUUCUCCUUCUCCCAGAGCCUGUUCAUGGUGCCCCCACAUGGCUGGGCCCCCAGACCAGGCCUGCAAGCUUCAUUUGGCCCUUACUCAGUUACACAGCUCAUAUCAGAGCCUGUCCUCCCAUUCUCUCCCCUUCUGUCUGCCUCCCUCCUUUCAGAGCAUGUAGAGAGAUAUAGGGAUGAGGGUGGGCAGGAGAGGUUUAGGGUGAGAACGCUGUUUCACAAGCAGGUCGACACCAGCACCCGAGGGACCUGCAUCACCCUGCAUGCUUUCAAGGAGACAGAGGAGCACAAGGCCUCCUGUAUGACACAGCCUCUUUUAGGGCUGUGUGUGGUAACUCUGACACUGCCCAGUCACUGGUUUGAGGAUCAGCACACCAACCAAACACUUAAGUGGCACAGUAGCUUCCACCGUCGUCGCUGGGUGCAGAAGCGGGAAAGGCCACGGAGCGGGCAUCAACACAGCACCACUGUCGAGCAUGAGGGUGCGACUCCUCCUUCAUUGAGAUACCAAUCAGCUGUGAAUGGAGAAACCCAAGUGCAUGUGCCACGGGCCUUCAGGUACCAACGGGGUCCUGUGAGAAACCAAAUACAACUUUACUACUCCUCCUUUGACAUAGUGGCUGACUUUGAGCUGACACAAAGAUGUGUGGAGGACAGAGCAGCUUCAUUCCCAAGGCAGCUCUUCCAUAUCAAAGCAGUGACACUGAAGGAUGAGGAGGAGAAAGAAAGAGAGGAGAGCAGAACCAAAGAACAAGAAACCUGUUUGAAUGGAGAGGAAGAGGAGGAGCUUAGCCUGGACUCCCAUGUCCUGAUUCACUAUCACAGGGGCCUGGCUGUGAUAGGACAGCCAGUCAGGGUGUCUGUAAAUCUGAGAGCAAACUUCACUGCUGAGUUUGUUGUCAUAAGGCUGAAAGUGAAGAAGGGCUUGGUGUCAAUGGUGGCCCAGAGAACUCUGACCUCUGACCUUUGGGCCGUGACUCUGGAAAAAAGCCAAGGCUCCAAACACGACGUGCUAUCCAUCUUCUGCCACAAACACAGCACACACAAGCAAACACACAAUCCCACUCUCCCUCAGCAGGUGGUGUGUCUGUCAGUCAACGGCCGGAAGCAGAGUUUCGGUGUUGCCAUGGCAGUGCCUGCCAACUGGUGGGUGGAGUACUCUGAGCAUAACAACCCUGUAUCACCACACAGUGCAGGAGUGAGCAUCUUCACCUUCGCUGAUCGACACAUCUCUGGAAUCACUCCCAUUACAGAGGGUAACACUAUCAUCAACACAGCAAUACUGACCAACCAGCGGGUAACACUUCCUGUCAUUGUCCUGGCCAUAAGUCAUGAUGGAAAGGUGUCAGACGUUACAUCUGCAGUCACAUGCCACUCCACCAAUGAGAACACGGUCAAGGUGUCCAGUGAUUGCUCCAACCUCUUUGUGGAUGGCAGUGAAUCCGGGUUGGGUAACACCUGUGCAACAGUGGAGUUUCUACUUGGAACGUUACAUGGCUCUGUGUGUCUGGAGGUGUGGGCUCCCUCAGUGCCCCUGCGAGUGUCCCUGUCAGACCCUGUUCUCAAUGCCAUCGAUGGUUGGAACCACCUCACAGAGAAAGGGUGUGUGCCGGUGUAUCAGCGCUCCUCAGUCCAGGUUCUGACUCAGUUCACAGCUCAGGACUCCAGCAGCCGAACCACACACCUCCUGGGUUCAUCUGAUUGGUUUGUGGAUGUUACCGAGCUGGUUCUUAACUCAGUGAGAAUAGAAGACCCUCGAGUGGCUUACCUUGGUGCCCAGAACACCCUGAUUGGUUUACAACCAGGAAAUACAUCACUCUAUGUCAUCUCUGAGCAGUGGGAUGGUGUGCUGGGCCAAUGUGACAUCACUGUGACCUCUGACCCUGUUACCCCUGGUGACCUGUCUGUGCAGGUGGUCAGUGGCCUCGGCAUGUCAGUCAAAGCAAGCCCCGCCCACCCUUUCAUCAUCACAACAACAGUGACAGCCUACAAUAUCCUACACAACUACCACCAGGAGGCGUCCAUCAGUGUCUGGCUCCAAUUCAGUGAUGACACCGCCUCCCUGCUCUCCUCCUUCAGUGACCUUCCCCUUUUCCUCCGUCUCUCCUCAUUGGCUGAGACUGUGGUUGUGGUGACACCUGGCUCUAACCAACGCAUCUUUGCCCAGGGUGACGGAGGUGGGCCUUUACUGCUUGCAGAACUUUUGGCUUCAACCUGCACUGACAAACUAAUCCUCUCCAACUCUAUCAGUGAAGGAGACAGUGAUUGGAUGAAAACAGGAGGUGGCGAGGGCAGGACUAGGAGGCUGGCGAGAGGAUCUGGUUGGAUAAGAGUCAACCUAGACCUAGGCUUUCUGCAGCCAGUAGGGGACAAGAAUGAUGAGGGCGAUGAGUUUGAGUUUGACAUUUCAGAUACACUGGUUGAGUCAGACAGCGACAUCUAUGCAUCGAAUUUUGACAAAAACGAAAAUGGGAUUUUAAGCAGUGACUACUCUGACAAAAUCAGUGGGAGGAUGACCAGUGGAAACUGGAACAGGGUGGGGAACGGAGGCAUCAUCACUCGAAACAAUCUGGAAAGGGCUGUGCUGAUGCCCAACCAGGAGGAGGGCACGGUGUACUUCUCCCCAAGCCAGGAGAAAGAAGGACUUAGGAAGGAGGAGGAGGAAGGACAGGGAGCUCAAGAGCUCAAGCUUGGUUUGGGAGCUGUCCUCUCUCUGCUCUGUCUCUCUGCUGUUCUCUUCCUGGCAAACUGUCUACCCUGCGCCCUGCGGGACAGGAGGAAGACAAUGAAAGAGGCAGAGAGGGAGGUAGAACUAGAGGGAGGUGUAAGUGAAGAAGAGGCAGAGGAAAGGAAGAAGACAAAGGUAGGGGGCUGGGAGGCGAAGGAGAGGAGGAAGCCAGAAGCUGAAGACAACAUAAAGCAGCAGCAGGUGGAGAAUGAUAAAGAGGAGAUUAAAGAAAUUGAGAUAAUUUGCUGAUCACCCUGUUCAAACCACAGCAUCACUCUCAUAGACAGUUUACAAUAUGUAUUUGUUACUCACAGUAGAACACAUGGCACCACUUUGUUGCGGUAUGACAUCACUUGGAGUGAGUCAAAUGAUGCAACACCAUGUGAUGUGGCAGCUAAAGUCUGUGUUGCCCUUUAAUCCAGGACUGGUAAGUCAGUUUAGGGAACUAUCAUUUUGCAUCUUUACAGUUCAAGAAAUGUUCUUGUAUUUGUAAAUUGUCUUUUGGCCUGUAGCUCAAGUAAGUUUAAGUUUUGACCCUCCAAGGGAAAAUGUUUUGCCGUGACAGCAUUACUCUGUAAAUUUCACUUUAAUAUCCUCCCAGCCAAGCUAAGUGGUUUGGAAACAGCAAAAAUGUGUGCAAUCUUCUUCCAUCUGAACCACACCUACAGACCCAUAUUAGUCACUCGAGCCCUCCAUCAAGUGUCUUUUGGUCCAUGUGUUACACACCACAAUGGGCCUGAAAACAUGUCAAUAGCUAUCUACUGGCCUCUGUUUAAAUGAGAAAUUUUCAUAUAUGUUGAUAUAUAUUCAGCCUCACUCACUCUUUCUUUGUGAACUGAUAAAACUGAUUCAACAUCCCAUACAGUGUAAAUAUGUUGAAUAAUAUCUUUGUGUUUAGAAACUGUGUUUACCUCCUAACCUGAUGUUUUAUUUUCACACCACGUUGUAUUUUGUUUUGUCAGUUGUGUUUUUGCUUUUAUAUCAGUGUGUCUAAAAUACAUCAUGCUGUAAAUGAAAUGAAGCUGUUUAACAUGCAAAAUGGGUAUUAAAGAGCAGUCCUGGGUGAGCUGAGUUGUGAAGAGCAAUGGGCGUUGUUGGAUUUGAGUGUAGCCUACAUUAUUACAUUUGCAUUUAGCAGACACUUUUGCCCAAAGCAGCUUACAGUAAGCCAUACAUACACUGAUGGCAGUA